CCGGUUCAGGAGAAGCUGAGACGGAUUAAAGAGCCGCCCACGAAAGAUGCACCAACCAGCAACUCGGGUAAUCAUGACAUAUAUGAAUCCAACAAAGCUACUUGGAAGGAAGGGAACUGGCUGCAAAGCUAGCCUGUGAUUCACCACCAUCAUUACCAGCUGCAAGGGGGAAGAGAUGGAAGGCUUGAUAGGCACCAUAUCUCCUCCCCAACAAUGGGAUCCGACCAGACCCACAGCCACAAGGCCACAUACGACCAGAAUUUCCAUUCCUAUCCACCUCCAUCUCUACACAAACCGUAACUCCAGAAGCAGGUCUCUCUCCUUCCGUCGUCGCCUGAACAACCCAUCAAAGGUCGCCGCCACCAUCAUCUCUUCUUCUUUAGGGGAGGACCAGAGUCCGCCCCUGGUGGUGGUGGGUUCGGCCAAUGCUGACAUAUACGUGGAGAUAGACAGGCUUCCGAGGGAGGGGGAGACCGUCUCUGCUAAGACCGGCCAGACCCUCGCCGGCGGCAAGGGUGCCAACCAGGCGGUAUGUGGCGGCAAGCUCUCCCAUCCUACCUUCUUCAUCGGGCAACUCGGCAGCGACGCCCACGCCAGGCUGAUUGCCGAAUCUCUUGGGAAUGGUGGAGUCCACCUCGACCGCGUAAGCAGGAAUGAGGACGCGCCGACUGGGCACGCCGUGGUGAUGCUCCAGCCCGAUGGGCAAAACUCGAUCAUCAUUGUGGGCGGUGCCAACAUGUGCUGUUGGCCGGACCAGCUACCAGCCGAGGACGUGGACGUCAUUGAGAAGGCUGGUGUGGUGCUGCUGCAGCGCGAGAUACCGGACAGGGUGAAUAUUCAGGUUGCUAAGGUUGCAAGAGCUGCAAAAGUUCCAGUCAUUCUUGAUGCUGGGGGCAUGGAUGGACCACUUCCUGCUGAACUUCUGAAACUUGUUGAUAUCCUAAGCCCAAAUGAGUCUGAAUUAGGACGGUUGACUGGGUUGCCAACAGACUCAUUUGAUCAGAUUAGCCAGGCUGCAACAGCAUGCCAUCAAAUGAUAAACAAACUAGAAAAACUGAUCUCUUCCAACUGGAAAAUUCAGGGUGUGAACCAAGUGUUGGUGAAACUUGGUGAAAAAGGAUCUGCACUCUUUAUCGAAGGAAAGGAACCUAUUAAGCAGGCCAUUAUUCCUGCAUCAAAAGUUGUUGAUACUACAGGAGCUGGAGAUACUUUUACUGCUGCCUUUGCAGUGGCUCUUGUGGAGGGGAAGUCUCACGCUGAAUGCAUGAAGUUUGCAGCUGCUGCAGCAUCUCUUUGUGUGCAAGUGAAAGGGGCCAUUCCAAGUAUGCCAGAAAGAACGGCAGUAUUGGAGCUUCUGAAGUCUCUAUGAAUACAAGGAAGCUCAACGUCCAUCCAGAUAAUGCCCUGUGUUUAUUGCUGCCUCUACCGACAUUGGUUGGCAAUAAAAAUUAUUGCGCAAAUCAAGUGUCCAUAUUUUCAAGAAAGAAGCUUUACUUUGUUUGCCUGUUCCUCUAACUUAUUUGGUGGCCACGUCAAAGUUGUUCAACUUAUUAUUAAUCUUGUAGCAUUCCUUUUCUGGGAUCAGAAUUUUUUAAUCAGGAUAGUCCUGUAGCUGGAUGGACAAGACUCAGGAAACUCAAUUUCUCUAAAAAAGUAAACUGACAGCCAUUCAUUAUAAAUAAACCUACUUGACGUUGUUUAUUUGAUUGCA